AUGAAGGCUGUCAUUACCAUCCUCACCACGGCCAUGGCCAUGACCGCUCUGGCCGUCCCCUAUCGAGGCGCAAGAGACAGCGAGAGCGCCGAAACAGAUACCACCCUCGUGCCAACUCCCACCAGUGAACUCCUCGCCCCCGCCGAGUCCGCCGAGACGGUCCACAUCCAUUCCACGAACGUGGCCAUCGUUACGGUCACGCCGGCCCCGAGCGCGAGCUCGAACUCGACUCCCGCAAGCAAGGGUAAUGCGGAGGAGGCGAGUGCUGCGGUGGAGAAGGAUGCGAAGACAGAUCAUAUCAUUGGUUCGGUGAGUGAGUUGAUGUUUGCUUUGCGGUGUGGUCACGGUCUGCUGGUGUCCCUGUUUGCUGAUGAUGAUUGCGAUUGA